GUGAAUGACGUCGGUUGUUGGGUCAAUAUUUCAUUCGAUCUGAAAUUAUUUCGUACAGUUUGGAUUGUUUGUAUUUUGUAUUCACAGUUUUCAAUUUCACUAUUUCCUUUUUAAAAAAGCGAUACAUUAACAAAAAUGUCUUCACCGACUGAGGAGAGCGUCCGCCGUAAUAGCGAAAGCGAAGUUGGCGAUGUGGAAUCUCCAGAGCACGAUCCACAUUAUGAGCCCAUCGUCUCGUUGCCGCUUGUAGAUGUUGUCACUAACGAGGAGGAAGAAGAGGAACUUGUCAAAAUCCGGGCCCGGCUUUACAGAUACGAUACCGGGGAUCAUGAAUGGAAGGAAAGAGGUACUGGUGACAUUAAGCUGCUCCGCCACAAAAUAAACAACACCGUCCGUGUUGUGAUGCGACGUGACAAGACUCUGAAAGUUUGCGCUAACCACUUCAUCACACCUGACAUCCGUAUGAAUGUCCACUGUGGAUCUGAUAAAGCCUUCAACUGGUCCGUCUUUGCUGAUUAUGCAGAUGAGACUUGCAAACAGGAGUUACUUGCUAUCAAAUUUGGAAAUCCUCAAAAUGCAGAAUUGUGGAAAACCAAGUUUGCUGAAGCACAAGAAAUUGUUAGAACAAAAUGUAGCUUGUAUACUCAAGAUCAAUCUUCAGAUGACGAAAGCAGCAUCACAAGAAGUGAAGACACUGAUACUCCGGAGCCUAAGGUUUCAGAGAAAUCCCCAGACAAAGCCGAGCAGGAUAGGGUCGAGGAAACUGAUGAUGGUGUAGUACUCAAAUUAAAGGAACUCAAAGUGGAAAGUGAAAAACUGGAGUGAAUUUUAUUGAUUUUGCUUUCAAUUUCUUACUGAAUUGAGGAAAUUCAGAGACAUUGAAUUCUUUCUUAUGGCACAUAUUUGGGAUUUUAGGUACUUGUGAGUUGGGGCUGGUAUGUUUUGUAUGAUUGAUGCCAUGAUGCAUAACAUACCCCACAAUGUUGACAUAAUUUUAAUAUGGUCCAUUAAAGAAUUAUCAGUGAAUCUCUAGAUUGAUACUAGUUGUAUAUAAAAGAUUUGCACAAGAGACCAUCUCUAAUAUGUAGUAGGAUACAGCGCAUAAGUCAACUAGCUUUAAGUUGUAAUGUCUUUUGUUUACUGUAUAAACUAUGAAAAUUAUGCUUUGUGCCAAGAAUUUUAUUAGUUUUAGCUCAGUAUUUUAAGUAUGUUGAAAUUAUUUUAUACAGUUUAGUAUACAGUGAAAUAUUUGCAUAUUUUCUGUUUGCUGUGGGAAAUGGAUCUUAUAAGUUUUUAAAAAGCCAACAUUAAUUUACCAUCUUGUAAUUUUUUUAAAUUAUAAACCAUAAGAUAAUAGUGAACCAUAAGAUGAUUGUUACAAUAUUUCAAAGUCACAACCUUAUGGUUUACAAAAUUUGCAGAUACUUCUCUAUUUACAACCUAGAAUGUUAACAAUUUUUAAAGAUUUGUAGGCAUUAUAUUUAACAAAUGUACAUUGCAAUGAGUCAUGUACAUAUUGUUUUUUAUUUCCCUACAUGUUAUAGUUGGUAAUACUUGUGUCAAUCUGCUUUAAGGUUAUGAUUUUAUUAGCUAGUUGUGAACAGUGUUGCUAUCAACACUGGUAUGUGUGGUAACAUAUUGACUUGAAACUAGGUCCAUUUCAAUUCUUCUUACUUUCAAAUUUCUUAUUUCUGACUCCCAACAAUCUUUUUUUUUAAUAGACUAACUUGAUCAUUUCAGGAAGAUUUCGUUAUUCACAUUCUUGGUUCCUUGGUUUGGAAUGAAUCACGACAUUUUUUUACCUGUGGAUCCUUCUUGAAAUAUAUACUGCUGACUUAAA